CUUCCUCAACGGCCUUGUUAGUGUUCAGCUAAUGAGAACAGCCUCAAGUUGAGGAAACUGUGGCUGGAGCGAGGCCGUUCUGCUCUCCGUCAGCCUCCUGCUGAUGGGUGGCUGCUGAGCCUGUGCAGGGCAGAGCAUCUGGUGGGAGAGGACCCGGCCUGACCCCUCUGUCUUGUGGGGAUGUUGGGGCAAGCACUUACCCUCACACUCCUUCUGCUCAUCAAGGGGCAUCGGGGCCAAGGUUCUGCUGAUCAUGUGGUUGGAAUCUCGGGAGAGCCUGUCUGGUUACGGUCCCCCAGCAUACAGAUAAGGACAUACUCUGUUAUAUGGAAGAUGAAGCCAUACUCAAAUUCAAGCUGUUAUUUCAUAUACUCUUGGAAGAAUGUUUCCAGCCAGAGCGAUGUAGGGAAGAGUUUGAAUUGGACUUCAAAUCAUUUCAACAAUAGACUGAGCUUUAUAAGAGAAAACUUAACUCUUCUCAUCAUGGCAGCUCAGCAGCAGGACAGUGGCCUCUACCUCCUGGAGGUCACUGAAGACACUGGGAAGGUUUGGAGACAUCAGUUCCAGGUUUCUGUAUUUGAUCGUGUUGAGAAGCCCCAGCUGGUGGAGAGGUGGAAGGUCCUGGACAGGGGGAUGUGCCAAGUGACUCUGUCCUGCUCAGUCUCCAGAGGCGGUGAUGUGAGCUAUGCUUGGUAUAAAGGGACUGAGCUGAUUCAGACACCCAGGAACCUCACCAAACUGGAGGAGCAGAUUGAUGUCAGUGGUUUGCACACAUACACCUGCAAUGUCAGCAACCCUGUCAGCUGGGCAAACCACACCCUCCAACUCACACAGGGCUGUCUGAAUGCCUACUCGAAUUUCAUCUUUCUGUCCACUUUGGUGAGCAUCAUGAUUCUCCUAACGGCAUUGUUCCUGGGCGCCCUCACCUGCUUCUAUGUGCGGAGGUGGAAGAGGAAGCAGUCACAGACCAGACCAGAGGAAUUUCUGACGAUCUACGAAGAUGUCAACAACGUGCAAACCAGGAGAAAUCAAGAGCAGAAUUCCCCUGGAGAAGGGAGAAGCAUCUACUCCAUGAUCCAGUCCCAGUCUUCUGCUUCCACAUCACAAGAUAACGCACAUACAUUGUAUUCAUUAGUACAGUCUUCCUGGAAGUCUGGAUCCAAGAAGACGAACCGCAACACUUCCGUCAAUAAAACUAUCUAUGAAGAGGUGGGAAAGAGAGCACCCAAAGCUGAGAACCUGGCUCGACUGAGCCUCAGGGAGCUGGAGAACUUCUGUGUAUAUUCCUAGUUGCCGCAGCUGUUCUCAUCUUCCUUACAGUCCAGCUUCUGUUGCAAUGGAUGACACCACAUGACUCUCUGCAGAGCAGUUCCUAGUCUGGAGAGGAUAUGAGAGUUUGUGCAUGGUCUAUAUUUUGUUUUGAAAAAAUGAUUGCUAACAGCCAUUAUAGGAGCAACGCUGUUAAAUACUAUCUCAACUCACAGACUGGACAAGAAUGAGUAGAGAUAUUGGGUAGUUUCCAAAAACAGACUCAGCAAUCCAAGUACUGGUAAUCUUUCAAGUGCGAUGUAAAUGUACGGUGGUGUUAUUAUUAGCAUUAAGAUUCCCUUCCGCUGGUUUUCUAAUCUAUGACUUGUCUUCCUUCCUCCCUAAUCAGGGAUGACCACGUUUUUAGACCCUUCCCUUGCCCAGGCCCAUCUUCCAAAGAGGAAGGAAAGAUAAUGGGGAUACAGAGGAAAAGAAACAGCCCCCUCUGUGAGGGUGGAAUAACUAGCUGUAAGCCAGCUGGCAGGUUCUCCAAGGGGGCCAUGCCUGGGCUUUGGUCACAAAAGGGUGUAGGCAGGAGCGAGGGUAGAUGGUGCAAAGCAAGCCCAUCUCUGAGUGGAAAAAUCACGCAGAGCCCACGCCAUCCUGAUAACCUGGCAGUGGGACCAGCUCUGUCUACAGAACGAGGUUUGACUUACAAAAACACAUUAUUAGACAUCUAUUCCGGUCUCUUCACAGUUACAAACUAUAUUGUAUUUAAGUUCUGAGUCCUGAUGUUCCCCACGGCACAUGCUGGAGGGAGGGCUCAGACAGCUGAGCAACUGGGAACCAGGCACCUUGCUGGGCCCCCCUGAGUCUUCAGGCCAGACCCUUCCACAAGGCUGUGGAGAGCAGGCUGAGACUCUGGCCAAGCCCAGGAAAGAGUAAACUGGAAGAGGGCCUACUCAGGGACCCCCAACAGGUGACACUGCAUGGAGCCUGUUCUUCAAUUGCCCCACUCUGUAUAUAAGGUAUGAAUUUAAUAUAGAACUGUGUUGUUAUUUAGAGGCAGUCUAAAUUUCUUUCCUGAAUUAAAUGUCUGGGUCUCCUCCCUAUUCUGUACUUUUCUUCUCUAUAGCAGCCAAAGGGCACACGUGGGCCAUCAAUAAACACGUCUGUUCAACUCC